CAUGACUGUCAGUCAUCCCAAGGAUGUUUUGAACACCAUCAAUUUCGUCACACAAUGUUUGUGUAUUCCGAUCAUUAGCGUAUUCGUUCUCUUGCGUUUCUCCAUCCGUAUCUACUACAAACAGUUCGUAGGUGUGGAAGACUGGUCAUGUCUCAUAGCAUGGGUUCUGUUCAUGGGAUACUGUGGCAUUGCUAUUGCCGUGGGUCACUAUGGCGGGGGUUACCACAUCGACGAUGUCUCUGAAGCACACCAAGUUCUUUUUCGCAAGUUCUGUUACAUCGCCACCGUUCUCUACUGCCCCAUGGCACUCUUCGUCAAGAUCGCACUCCUUUCUAUUCUCAUUCGCAUCUUCAGUCCUUACCGUUCCAAAAUCUACUUUAUCUACGGCCUCCUCGGCUGUCUCUGCAUAUACUACAUCGUUGCCGAGGUCGUUAAGAUCCGCAUGUGCGACCCGGUUCCGGGAUACUGGACGCUCGAUCCAAAGGCACGCUGUCUCAAUCAACGGGCCGCCCUGAUUGCCGACUCUGUCAUCAGUGUGGUGACCGAUUUUAUUAUCCUGAUUUUACCUCUGCCACUCACCUGGUCGCUUCAGAUGUCGCGGAGCAAGAAGUUGCGGGUCAUCGGCAUGCUGUCGGCGGGUGGUCUGGCCACAGCCUUCAGUUUGUACCGGCUGGUUCUGGUCUUGCGUGAUGGUAGCUCCAGGGAUCAGACCAUUGUCUUUAUGAUCGUUAUUCUCUCAGGAAACGCCGAAGGAGGCGUGGCCAUGAUUUGCGCUUGUCUCCCCACGAUCAACAUCCUCGUCAAUAAGCUCCGCAAGAAGGAGUACAGUUCUCAACGUUAUUACGAACCAGAGUCCUCCGUCAACCUUAGCAAGCUCAAGGGAAGCAACAAGCGAUUUUCAUUCGGUAACUCCCGCCGCGCCGAUGGCACCGAGUCCGCCUCCGACCAGUCACAUCUGAUUACAUUUGCAGGGACGGUCGACAUGGCAGGUAAUGAGGCUGGAGGCAUUCACAAGACGGUGGAUGUGUCACAAACGAUAGAGAUGGUGGCCGAUGGUGAAAGUCAUGAAAGCCACCAUCACGGCAGUUUUCACUAAUGAUUGUAUACCCUGGGUGGGCG